AGCGAACAAGAGAGAUGAAAGAAGCGAGAGAGAUACUAGUAGACUUGGACUCCAGAUCAAUGUUUCAUUUUCCGAAGUAACAACUCUAAGUGUACAUCCUGAAAAAUCUUCCAAGUGAAGAGCCAAGAAAGAAACAUGUUGCCCACGUUGCUACAAUGCCCUGACUCGUACGGGGGUCCGCUUUACAAAGGAGAAGAGGCGAUUUCUGCUGGUGGUGCCAAGAACAUCAAGCCGCGAUCACCGUUUGAUUCGUCACCGCCGCGUCCUCGCAAACCCGAAAAAAGCCCUACAGAUUCGAAGGCAGCCUUCGUUCCACGUCGUCGCGUUUUGCGGCAGCCGCCAGCUGUGGCGUCGACGAAUUUGGUCGACGAGCCUCAUGAUGACCUCAUGAUGAGGACAGCGAAUGCAACGUUGCAGCGGACUGCAACAGUCGCCAGAAUGGCUGCUCCAGAAGCCCCGGAAAGAGCGGCAUUUCCAUCUUCACGAGCAGGGGAUGAAGAAGACGAGCCUCUAUUGUCAUCACCACCACUAGCGCGGGAAGACUGUGGCUCGCCUCUUCUAAAAAUCCGAGAAAAUCAUGUUGAACAAGUUGGAAAUACUAGUACAUCCACUUCUAGACUACAUACGGCUAGUACGACAAGGGCAAUAUUAUCAGCACCCCUGGCUACGCAAGCAUCAGCUACUAGUAGUAGUAUUAAUGAUGAGUGCAGCAGGAAAAAGACUAGUAAGUCUUGCCUAGCAGUGCCAGGAAGGUCCUCCGCAGCCCCUGCUUCCUCCUCCGCCAAAAACAGAGAAGCUGAAAAUAAGAAGAAUUCGCCUCCCCUUCCCAGGUCAACUACGUCUUCAUCUUGUACCAACAACCUGAAUGCUAGAAACGCAACAAAUGGCUCCCCCAACGACCACAUGAACCCAACCAGUGGCUCCUUAGACUUAGAACUGUCGCCCAUCCCUCUCAUCCCUGCUGCCUCGUUGCAACAAUCGGCUGAUGACUUCUUCGAGAUGGCGGGCUUCUGUCGGAAUAGUCUGAGCGAAGAACAGUUGCUUCAACAUAGCAGCAGAGCACUCCAACAGUCAUCAGAUUGCCCGUCAAGGAAACAGCUUUUCCAAGAAGUCUCGCCAGAAGUACAGGAUGAUGCUGGGAACAAGAAGGCGCAAGAAAGUGAGGAUGUCUUCUUGAAGGAACAAGGCCUGAGAAUAGAUCUUCUUACGAGUCGUGACGCUGCUCCUAUCACCUACACAGCAAGCAAAACUACCACUGCAAGCAAAACUCCAAGCGUAACUGCGGCGAAAAAGUCAAGCGUUGGAACUGUUGCUGUGGAUGAAAAGGCGAGUAGCUCUUCCUCUGCUGCCGUAACAUCACCGGCCGUUGCUGCGACAGCGCCGACUACGAUUGAGUUGAGGAGUAGCCACAGUGAAUGCCCGGCAGAAAAAUCAUGUGCAACGAAGGCAGCGAAACUGCACCAGAAAAAACUGCCACCACCAAAAAGCAAAGAGCUCGAACUCUCCUCAGCGCGUGGCUCAGUGUUAGCACUGCUAGAACGGUUACGCGGAACUAAUGAGGCAGAGACAACCCGAUCACGCGACGCUGUCUUGUCGCAGCUUAGACGUGGUAGUAGUUAUAAGACGCAUAUUGCGACGGUAUCGGCAAAAAUUCAGAAACUGAAGGAAGAAAAUUAUGAAUAGAACACUAAAAGUCAGUCUCAUUAUGUUUCAAGCAUCUUUGAUAAUCGGUUACUUUUCCUUCAAACUUCUAAUGUCCGCGGACAUGGGAACACAAGCUGCGGCAAUAUCAUGCUGAAAUACAACAGCUAGUUUUCCACGCUUCCAAUCAGUUCGCUCAGCGUGCAACCGAAAUAGAGCUGCUUGAGGUACGAUAUUGAAACAGUGCCAUAGUAGGGUGUAUAGUAGUCGUAAAUUUGAAUUACUUAUAGAUAGACUACAAGAAAACUUUUUCUGUUGUUCUAGAGGAGGCAACUCUUUUUUUGUCUAUAAGGUCUACCUGAAUGAUUACAAAACCUUACGCCAUUGGAGUUGGACCAGCUGCAGAGGGGAGGCUGCAAUAGUCAACAGGGGAACAAGGGGAACAACUAACUUAUAGCUUUUCCUUUUCCUCUUCCAGCUACUUUCGACCUACCUCACCGAGCCGCCAGCGAACCGCAUCAGCGAGCUGUCCAAAGCGGCUAAAAGUGUGUGCGAACGAGGCCGCGUCUCAUUGACAGAGCAAAGGCUUCUACAGAAGCUGCAGACAGAACAGACCUCUGGUUUUCAGAGAUGGUCUUCAUCGUCUUCGAAGAGAACUGCAGCAUCUUCUGGAAGUAGUCAGAGUCCUUAUCUUGUUGAGAAGAGAUCUACUAGGAGUAGAGGAAAUGCAGGAGCUUCCUCCACUUUAACUACGAGGAGUCAACAUGUUGAAACAAGACGCGCUUCAUCUUCUUGUGGCUGUACUAGUGCGGAGCGAGAUGAACUACAGGGAACGAUGGGGAGUAAUCAUAGUUGCGCAACUAGUACGAGCACGAACUCUAGCAAGAAUUAUAGUGCCAAUACCUCUCCAGAGCCAGCACCGGGAAGGGGUCUCCUGCGGGAGUUAUGCACUGUUGCAGCUGAGGAGGGGACAUCAGACUUGUCUUUGCCGACGACGCCGGGUGUUGCUGGUAUUGAUUUUAGACAUUUGGAUUUGAGUUGGUACAACUGCUUAGACAUUUGUUUCAGCUGCUUGGGUGCUUGGGGCGGUCCCUCUACGGUCUGAUAGAAAGUUCUGCUACUCAUCCAUGGCUCUCAAGGCUCUACUUCACAGGUGACACAGACGAAGUUAGCCCAGGAAACGAGGAAUUUCCUCCAAGUCCCUCUCCGGCUGGUAAGCGGUGGAGCAGCUACAGCUACAAUGCGCCAUGUAUUCCCUCGACAAAAGAAGCACAACGCAGCUUGAUGUAUUCCCUCGACACAACCACGGGCAUUGGCGGAAGACAAAAUACGGUCGUGCCACAGUUACCGAUAUGACGAAACGAUCCAGAAAGUUAGAAGAUAUUGCAGUACUGAGAAUCGCACUUCAGCAUUGCCACCUCUUUCAAGGCCAAGGAGUAUAGCGUGGCCGUUCUAGAAUCAAUUUACAGAGAUCAUUUCCGCAGGAUUCAACUUCUGAAGUUAAGUACAUACCUAUUACCUAUUCGCUGAACAGUCCAGUAUCUAUAGCGUUAGUUUCCCAUCUUAAAAGAGAGCAGCUCCUUUGUACAGCAGCGGAGUCCAAAACCCUUAAGCAAGAGCGUGGAAGUAAUAAAUGUGUUUCUUUUACUUUCCAGCCAUUUUGGGGGAAGAAGCGCUUACCAAAACAUGAUGAAGAUUGUGAGUUCUCUUUGAGCAUAGUCACGUCACCACUGCCACAGCCUUGCAUGAUUGCCAGGCCAUUUCCCUCUUGCUGCAAGGUCGUCCAGCAUUAGGCCAGCGAGGGUGCACAGAAAGUUGUAGGUAGCUGCGUACUUUUUCAAUGUAGUUUAAUUUCUUUCUUUUAGUUACAUGCCAAAAACUCUUACUAUUUCAGUCUUGUUGACGAGUACUUCUGUAAUUAAAUCAAAAUCUAGAAGUUAAGUACUAAGUAUCCACUAUGCUUCGACGUGUUGAAUUCAGAGCCAAACUGAGUACUUCUUCGCUUUCACAAACUAAAACUAACUCGAUGACUUUAUGCACGACGUUGCUUCAUUCUUAGUCGGCGAUGACAGCUGAUGGAUGUUGUGCAACAUAAGCACUAAACUAACAAGAUUUCAUGUAGUUUCUCAUGGUGGAUUUUGCAUUUUUAUAUACUUACUAGAAUCUUUUGAAGAAGAAGC